CUUACUGACAGGCAAGAGUUUUGAGAUCAUGGUAGGGCGAGGGUUCAGUGCCACUGUUAGGAGUCUUCUUGGCAUGGCCAUUGGGGCCGGGAUCUGUUACUGCGCUUACAGGAUGUUGUUUGCUCGGCAGAGAAAAAAGAAGCAUCGAGACAAAAAGGGAGCAAGCAGGACCAGGGAAAAAGUGCCUGGCCGUGAUCUGCAUGGGGCUCUAACUAAACCAGAAAAUGUCUCAGCAUCAGUAAGUGAUCUGCAACCUCAUCAUCUUGCAAACCUUCUUGAUAUUCUUGUGACCAGCUCAGACUCCUCACUUCAAGAAAAAGUGCUUAUAACAUUGUGUAACAGUGCUGCCUUCUCUGCAAAUCAUGAUAUCAUUCGCAGUUUGGGUGGAAUAACAAUUAUCGCCAAAUCCCUUUCGGACUCCAGUGAACAAAUUAAAGUGAAUGCUUUAAAUGCUCUGAAUAACCUUAGCAUGAAUGUACAAAAUCAAGAACUGAUUAAGGAUUACAUUAAUCAGACAUGUAGUGCCAUAUCAUUAUCCUCCCUAAAUUCUGAAGUUCAGCUGGCUGGUCUAAGAUUGAUAAUUAACAUGUCCGUUACUGAUAAUUACCACAACAUGGUGGCAGAUCACUUGCCGUGCUUUUUGUACCUGCUUGCAGAGGGGAACAACAUUAUCCAGAUUUACACAUUAAAAGUUCUUGUGAAUUUGUCUGCCAAUCCUACCAUGACACAAACUCUCCUCACUGCUAAGGGAUCACAGUCACUUACCUCUCUCUUUGACAGCCGCGUUGACAGAGAAAUACUUGUGAGAGUGCUGAUAUUCGCAGCAAACCUUUCAAAGCAUCUGGGAAGUGGCCAUGGUUAUGCCUUUUUAAUUUGCUAUAUGGAGAUUCAUCUCCACUUCAGAAGGAUAUUACAGCCUUAUUCCAAUAUCCAGAUGUGGAAGUUAAAGAGCAAGUAGUCAGUCUUUUGAUAAAUCUUGCCAGACUGAGACAAUUGUAAUGUGUUUGUGCAAAUAAACUACAGCCCUCCCCUGGUGCUGUGUUUGUGUUGUUUUUCUUCAUUAUUUACAAAGAAUCCAUCAUACUCCGCAGAACAUAAAUGGAAACAAAAAAUAAAACUAGCUGAUUGUAGAACAAUCAGAAGUGGCCCUACUGAUAUGGCUUUUACCUUGUAAAGGAGCAGUGUGGUAACUGGUCCUGUUGCCUGAAUGCUAAUUAGAGAAAGUUCUUAUUUGCUGCUGUGAAUACUUUUGGAACAAGUCAUGUGACUAUUGUGUCAAUGUUUUUAUAGUAACAUAGUAUCUAAAGUUGAAAAAAAAAACAAAUUUUGUCCAAAAGACACAGCUAGUUGAUUUAUAGAGGGUGAAGAAAACUUCAUCUGAAGGCACCUCCAGUUUUGUAUAAGGAUUGACAACAAGUGCAAUUGAACAAUCAACUUUGUACUAAAGAACAAAUUUAUUAAAAUGCAAAUUUGCUAUUUUUUUGUGCAAUUCAAGAAAGUAACAGUAAUAAAAUAAUUUCAGAUUUUUCCCAAACUGAAAAAGGUGUAAAAAAAAUGGAAUGGAAUGGAACAAUACAAUUUAUGUUGUUGUUGAAAAGUCUUUUCCAAGACUGAAUGUUGAGUUUUUUUUCUAUUCAAAAUUGUUUGUAAAUAUGUGGUAUGUAGAGCCUAUGAGUAAGUGCCCUACAAGGCAUGAAACAAGUUAGUCUGCUCUUUUUGUCCUAAUAAAUGAUUAUUUUAAUUUUA